AUGCUUUGAUGUGCACUAAAGAAAGUUGUGUUCGUGGAGGUACCUGUAUCGAAGGUUUUCAGUCAUUUCCUUCAUGUAGUUGCAGAUGCGAAAAAAUCAUGAAGACGCUUCCACCAGUACACAUGUCCACCAUUUCUCCCUCAACGAAACAGGACAGUUGUGAGCCGUUAACGAUACCUCUUUGUCGAUCUAUGCCUUAUAAUACUACAAUAUUUCCCAACUUUUUGAACAUCACAACACAAGAAGAAGCCGCUCCUUAUGUCCACCAGUUUUAUCCUUUGGUAAAAUCCGGCUGCUCGAAGCAUUUAGGGCUCUUCCUCUGUGCUGUUUACGCGCCAGUUUGUUCAGUAUUAGGUUCUGCAGUCCCGCCCUGUCGUCCCCUUUGUAAUAGUGCAAGACUUGGCUGUGAAGAUCUGUUGAACCGUUUUGGUGUUAAAUGGCCAGAGAGUUUGAACUGCGAACGAUUCCCUCUAGAAGGUGUAAGUGACUGCGUUGGAGUGAAUGGAUCGAGGGGACCUACCCCUCUGCCGCCAACAAUGUCUAGUCGCUCCUGUCUUACCAGUCAGUUCCAAUGUACCAUCACAGAAGAGUGCAUUGACAAAAGUCUUGUUUGCGAUGGUAAGGAUGACUGUGGUGAUGACUCAGACGAAGACAGCUGUGGUGCCGAAUGUGACAGCAGUGAAUUUCAAUGCGAUGAUAGAUCCUGUGUCCUGAUAAGUGUUGUUUGUGACGGCAAAACUGACUGUGUGGACAAAUCGGACGAGAAACACUGUAAUUACACUCAAACAUGUACAAGCAAUCAGUUCCAAUGUCGUAGCACUGGGGUAUGCAUCAACGAAAUCUUUGUAUGUGAUGGUAGUAAUGAUUGUGGAGACAUGUCCGAUGAAGAGAAGUGUAACACCACCGCACCCUGUAACACUACCGACCAAUUUCAGUGUGGAGCCUCUGGAAGCUGUAUCGCGAAGUAUGUCGUUUGUGAUGGUAAUGAUGAUUGCGGAGACAACUCGGAUGAAGUCGACUGUGAAGAUGAUCGUCUUUGUGAUACUGAUGAGUUUGAAUGCAAUGCAACAGGACGAUGUAUCCCUGCAAAAUGGGUGUGUGAUGGAGUCAAUCAUUGCCCUGACAGCUCAGAUGAGGCAAAAUGCGACAAUAUUGAGUGUGGCGAGGAAAGAUUUCGAUGUAAGUCCAGCCCAGGAGUCUGCAUCUUAACCACAUGGAUCUGUGAUGGGCAGGAUGACUGUGGAGAUAACUCUGAUGAAGUGAACUGUUCCUUACCUGAAUGCAAUACGGGAGAGUUCCUUUGCAAGCCUCCCAAGUUGUGUAUGCCUGUCAGAUGGAAGUGUGAUGGUGAAUCUGACUGUUCAGACAAUUCAGAUGAAGCAGACUGUCCUGAAUUCUCGUGUUCCAGCGGACACUUUAGAUGCAACAGUUCAGGAGGGUGCAUUCCAGAAAGAUGGGUUUGUGAUUUAGAUAAAGACUGCAAGGAUGAAUCAGAUGAAGUUAACUGUGGUAAGACUACGUGUGAACCUUCGCAAUUUUCAUGCGAAACAUCUGGAAAGUGUCUACCAAAAGGAUGGGUUUGUGAUGGCCAAGACGAUUGUUCUGAUCGAUCGGAUGAAAAGAACUGCACCCGAAAUAAAUGUGGAGAUGAGGAAUUUUUAUGCAAAGCCACAGGUACUUGUAUCCCAGAGAAACAACGCUGCAAUGGUUUAAAUGAAUGUCAGGAUAACUCUGAUGAAUUGGACUGUACCUUGCCUGUUUGCAAAGAGGAUCGAUUUCUUUGCGGUUCCAGGGGUUGUGUGCCUAACGCAUGGAAGUGCGAUGGUGAUUCUGACUGCCCAGGCAACUCGGACGAAGUCAACUGUUCUAGAGUUGCUGAACAAUGUCGCAAAAAUGAAUUGCAGUGUAAGGAUGGUUCGUGCAUUCACAGCAUCUGGGUUUGUGAUGGCGAGCAAGAUUGUGAAGACAAUUCAGAUGAGCUUAACUGCACUUCUCCAAAUAAAUGCGACGGGAAUGAAUGCGGUCACACUUUGUGCGUAACAAAUCAGUUCAUCUGUGUUUUUGAUUCAGACGGGGAAAUCUGCCAAAUCCGAGGAAACUGCAGUCAAAGUUGUACAGUUGACAGAGAUGUUUACACCUGCAAAUGCUCCGAGGGAUACGAGUUAACAUCAAACAACAAAACCUGCCGAGCUUUAGGCCCACAGGGAUUUGUUUUUGUUGUAAAUCGCAUGGACAUUCGCCGAUUCUCAAUUGACACACUAACUCCUGAGCUAGUAGUUUCUGCUGAUCAAACAAACAUCCUUUUUUUGGAUUUCAACUUUGAUACAAGACAUAUUUACUGGAGUGAUAGGAAAUAUGACAGUCAUGACAGUAUUCGACGAGCACCGGUUGAUAACGGCAAUGAUAUUGAAGUGAUUAUCGAGGGAAAUCUCGAGGGACCAGAAGGAUUAGCAGUGGACUGGAUCAACAAGAAGUUAUAUUGGAUUGAUACCAACUCGACAGCACCGGAGAUUGAAGUUGCUGACCUAGAUGGGAAAAAUCGGAUGAGUCUUAUCCAGGAAGACUUACAAAAGCCAAGAGCUAUUGCAGUACAUCCGUUUUUUGGUUAUCUGUACUGGACUGACUGGGGUGACGCAGGUAAAAUAGAGAGAUGUGCUAUGAAUGGUGAUAGUGCAACACGUAGAGCUAUAGUGACUGAGAACAUAGGCUGGCCUAAUGGGAUCACAAUAGACUACACUCUAAACAGAUUCUGGUGGACUGAUGCCAAGCAACAAACCAUUGAAUCUGCUGACUUGAAUGGCAAACAUCGCAAAGUUUUCUUGAGGGCCACGCCUUUAGAACAUCCUUUUGGGAUUUCAGUCUUCCUUGACAACGUUUUCUGGACAGACUGGAAAACAUCGAAACUCCAUGUUGCAAAUAAGUUUACUGGAAAGGAUCCAAUCCUUGUGAUGUCCCUACACAGCUCGGUGGCUGCAGUCACAUCUGUUUAUUGGCGCCUGUCGACUCUUACCCACAAGGCUUUUCAUGCCAUUGUCCACCUGGACUAA